UACUUUCGAGUGCGACAAGGUUCUGUAGAUGAUACCUCCAAGAAAGCCUAUCUCGUCUCUACUGGUCCAGAGAAUCUCACAUCUGGCCAUGGAACACAGGCGUGUCUUGGACGCUUCUUCACAGCCCAUGUGCUUGAGAUUGCUCUUUAUCAUCUAUUGCUAAAUUAUGACUGUGAAUUGGCGCCUGGAGCGAGCCUAAUAACAUUGUAUUUGGUUGCAGAUUUGACAGUUCUCGACCCGAGAAACAAGCUACGAUUUACACAUUGCAAAGAGGAGAUCGACAUAGAGCAUCUGUCAUACACGUGA